CUAGAGUUUUCCGUAAACAUGGUGUUCUGGCUGAAACAGAUCUCGAAAUGGAGGGGGAAGUGUUGUGGCAGCCGGCGGAGGAAGAGGGAAAGGGAGGCAGUGCGCCAGACGGAGAAUGAAUUGUGGCUGGAGUACUACGGGCCAUAUCUGCACAUCUGGCCAUUCCACGAGCUCUGCGUCAGAUUGGAGACGAAUGUCUCCCAGGGUCUAACCUCCGAGGCGGCGGCGAAAAAGCUAUCCCGAAAUGGGAAGAAUGUUUUGCCGCUUCCCCUCAAACAGGAUGUUCGAUUUUGGAGAUUCAUAAAGGAUUGCUUCAGUGCCUUGGGCAUCGUCAUGCUCCUUAGUUCCUUCGCCUGUUUUUCCCUAUACUACAUAUUUGAAGUUAACCCGAACAUCGAAGGCAAAGUGGAUCCCGAGUUUCUAGUGGCGGGCAUCGUCCUUCUACUCUUCUUCUUUCUCGCAGGACUCGUGUUUUAUCUGCAGGGCGAUCACAACGAGGAAAUGGUCGUGGCCUUCGAUGAACUAAUGCCCAUGUAUUGCACUGUGAUCAGGGAUGGCGAGAAGGAGGUUAUUCUCAGCCAGGACGUGGUCAUGGGCGAUAUCGUUCCCAUUAGCUAUGGCCAGCGGCUUCCUGCCGAUCUGCGAUUCUUCAGCUCCUCGGGUCUGGAGCUUAACAACGUCGCUCUGACAGGACACUCGAAGCCCGUGCAAAUUACUCCGCUGGCGAAUGAGGGUCGCCACAGGUACUCCCGAGUGGAGUACAUAAAGGACCUUUAA